AUGAAACAAUUCUUGAAAGUCUUUCUCGUUUGUAUAUUGUUGACAAGCCAAGUAUUAGGCGACUGCAGAUCUGCAUGUACAGCAGCUGGCUACAAGGAAUCAGUCGUAUUGGGUACUGGUCCGUUUUGUAAUGGUCGAUGUGCUGAUUGCGAAGCAGGUGGUGUGUGCUUAUCGAAUAAAUGGUCGGAAGGACGAGGAUGCUGGACAGGUAGUAAAGCCUGCUGUUGCUGGGGAAAAAUCUAA